CCUAUCUGGUUGUGUGCUGUUUGUGCACACAAUAUCGUGUUAAAACUCGGUUUAGCCCUUUGUUUACAUCUCUACUCUGCUCCUAUAUCUCACCGUGCUUAAUUCUGGAACUCUGCUACACAAUUAAAUAAGAUGGAAUAUUAUGAAAAAUCACCGGGUCCACUUUAUGAGGCUAUCUCGGUCGAAAAUUCCACCAUUCGCCAUAAUGCUGACUCAUACGAAUGCAAAGUAUGUGGAACAAGAGCCCAGCGUCCGUCACGAUUGGCGGACCACAUAAAAGCGAAGCACAUGUUUGUGAGUCAGUACAGAUGCGAUGAAUGCAGAAUUCCUUUUGUCAACGCUGAUGGUCUGAAGCGCCACCUUAACAAUUACCAUAUUGAAAUAUCUGAGGGUUCGGUUUUCUAUGAUGAGGAUGAAAACAAAAAUAUCAAAUGUGGAGAAUAUGCCAAGAAUACCCGGGAGGAAAAUUUAGAUAGAGGAUACCAGUGCUACAUAUUCAACUGGACCGAGAUCGCAUCAGGAAAGGUCAUGGAUAUGAGCGUCGAUUUUACUUCCGCUGUUGACCUGACUUACGGAGCUCAACUUAUUUACGACAUGAACGUUACUGGAACGGAAAAAUCGAGAUUAGGCCUUCCCUACAUUGGAUGCAGUUACGUAAGCCAGUUUCUAAAGGGCUGGACAUUCAAUCCCAAAGAAGUCAAGAAAAUAGGACACGUCUCUGUCGGUUUUUCUACCGCAGUGACAAUCAAAUAUGCGACAAGGCUGGUGACAGAUGCAGCGUGUCAUAAUAAAUCUAAAAAUUCACUAAGACAAAUAGAAGGAUGCCAAGAAAUAUUCUUGUCAUCAAUAGAAGCAUCGUUGGAUGAAAUGCCACAACGAAAUAAAGAGUAUUUCAAGAACCGAAUGUGGCUGGAUACCAACAGUGAGGAAAACCCAAAAAAGGCUAAAUUCGAUUGAUGAGUUAAAGGUUAAAAUUAAGAUUCGUUCGAUUAAAACAAUCAGCAAACCAAAGUUUGCAUCCAUUUCGGUUUAACUUCUUCCAACUAAGUAAAUAUUCCUUCAAGUCGUCUAUAGUAUAUUUAUCUAUUUAUAGAAAAAUGUCAUUUUUCAGUCAUUGUCAAAAUUUCUUGUUAACCAUUUUUUGUCCAAUCCUCCUUAUUUAAAUAUUAAACACGGCUGAUUAAAUAGUCAAUUGAACAUGAUUAUUUAUUGACAUUGCAAAUAUUAAUCCAACAUCCUAUAUAUAGUAAAUACGUCAUUCUAUUCAUUGUUGGUCAGUGUAAGUGCUAUGCAUACACCAUAAGAGAGGUACGCAUAAUGAAAGAAAAUGUGUACAAAUAUUACGACACUGUCCAAGAACAAAGCAAAGAGUUGUAGGACCUUGGGAAGU